AUGCUAUUGGUCUCCGCGAUUCUCCUGCGAAACUACCCUGGUAUCCUGGAGCGCUCGACUGGGAGACCUGCCUUCGUGAUUGGAGGCGGCGGUGCCUGUAGACCUGCGGUUUACGCUCUCUGGAAGUGGAUGGGGGUCAACAGAAUAUGUAUGGUCAAACGAGAGGAGAGUGAGAUUCGAGAUAUCAUAGCUUCGUUCAUCGACGUCGGAUUGAACGGUGAACUGGUGUUCGUUCCGUCGGCUGCAGAAGCCGCAAUUUUGGAGCCACCGGUUCUGGUUGUCGGUACCGUGCCUGAUAUACCCCCGAAGGAACCCGGAGAAAAGGUAAGGGAAAUUACUGAAGUCUUCCUCACAAGUAUCGAGAAGGGAUUUGUUCUUGAGAUGAGCUAUCAUCCCGCUCCUGACACCUAUUUCUUUAGCCGCUGCCAUGAGAUGGGCUGGAACGUCCUGUAUGGUACUGAAGUCAUGAUCUGGCAAGGUGUGGCUCAAGAAGUGCUUUGGACGGAGCUCUCAAUCGAAAAUCUCAACGUGGAUGAAGCGAGGAAAGCAGUCACUGGCAUUAUCGAGAAGUGCGCCGCAGAACUAAAGCUGUGA